AUGGCGGUCAAUACCGUUCUUAUCACUGGAGCUAGUGGUUUGGUUGGCAAGGCGACAAUAAAGGCUCUCGGUCAGUCGCCUGACCGCUUCACCGUGAAAGCAGGCGUUCGAAACCCCUCUAAAUCCGCUGAUCUCGCUGCGAUCGCGCCGAACGUCUCAGUAGUCGCUGCGGACCCGCUGAAGGCAGCGGAAGUCGCGGCAGCGCUUCAGGGGGUGGAUUACGUGUUCGUGAUCGCUCCGAGCCAUGCUGACUGCCAGAAGAUUGCCAUUGCCGCCAUUGACGCUGCCAAGGCUGCAGGCGCGAAGUUCAUCCUUCUCCUCUCAGUAGCCACUGCCGACCUGCCCGACUUGAUUUUCUCUCGGCAAUUCCGGCCCGUGGAGGAACACGUGGAGGCGUCUGGCGUGCCGUACACCAUCAUCCGCCUGCCAUCCUUUAUGGAGAAUAACUACGAUUUUGCAAAGACGAUUAAAGAGUACAAAGCAUUUUAUUCGUCAUACGAGCCGGACAAGCCGUUCAGCCAGGUUUCUGUGGACGGUGUAACCUAUGCGCAUUCUGGUGCAAAAAUGUGCACUCUGGUGUAA